AUGCAGCAGCAGGAGAUAAUGACCUCGGAGGAUUUGCAGGGAGAUGCGGCAGGUUUGGCAGCUGCUUUGGGCAAACAUGGAGUGCCACCCGAUCCCUGCAGUGCUGUCAUCCCUUCUUUCGCCCCUGCUAUGGCGCAGAGACCACAGAGUCUGGAAGUGCCGCCUCCGCCUCGAGCCACGUUGCGGCCCCCAAGCCCCCCAAACCCCCCGAACCCCCCGAUGCCCCCAAACCCAAGUCCUGGCCACGCAGCGCCUGCAUCGAACAAACCAUGUGAUCCCCGUCACCGACGGCUUGGGCUGAAGGAGCCUGGUCCUGCGCGGUUCUACGGCACUACCCCACAGCCAGGAAGCACUUACUCGCUUCCGGUGCUACAGCACCCCGGAGCUUUCGCACAAGAGCCUCGACCGAGCCAUCUCUCAAUGAUGAAAGGCUUUGUGUCAGCGGUGGACCAGUCGUGGCCGCCUGCACAUUUGCAAGGCCUCCUAGCACAACAUGUCCAAGCCCGCCCUAGAUUGCAUCAAGGUCCUGCUUUGCAAGAUGUCCGCCUUCCGUGGUCACGAGUGCAACAGCAAGGCUGCAUGCUGCCCAAUCGCCACCAGCCGUGGCAACCAUCAGGCCCAGAUUUCCAACAGAUGCUGCCGCAAUUGGGAGCAUUGGAAGGCUGCAGAGUGCCACGUGUGCCAGAUGGCAACUUGUGGCCCAGCAUGUCGCACCUACUAGGAUCGGCAGGAUCUAUGGGCUCAGAACGCUCGCAAGGUGCACAAGGCGUUACUCCAGCCGGAGCGUUGCCACAGCUACAGCCGCAAGGACUCAAUGAUCCGCGCGGUCCACAUUGUGGCCACAAGGCUGCAUUGCCCGUGAGCACACCACCCGGUACAAGGCCUCCAGUCGCACACCAGGCAUACCCAGUCGCAGCACAGGACCUGGAGGCGUUCCUGGCAAGCAAGGCUGCAUGCACAGGUGACGAUGCCCAGGUGCCAGACCAGACCAAGACGUCUUCAAGUGACAAGAACGACAGUGGCCGACGGUUGCUGAUGCUUCUGAAGGGGCGCAGCUGUGAACGAGAAGGAGCGCUGCCUGAAGUGACCGACGAGCGCUGUCACAAAUCCCGCUGGGAGCAGUUGCUGCAGCCCUUUCCCGAUUCCAGUGACCCCAAGGCGCCCGAAGAGGCAGAGACGUCUUCAAGCAACGCGAACGACAACAGUGGUCGACUGUUGCUGAUGCUGCUUAAGGGAAGUAAAGGUGAAGGAGCUGGACGUCCGGCUUCGGAAGCUUCUGCUCUGUCCCACAUUCUUCAAGGAGCGCUGCCUGAAGUGACCGACGAGCGCUGGCACAGGUCUCGCUGGGAGCCGUUGCUGCAGCCCUUUGCCGAUUCCAGUGACCCAAAGCGCUUCAUCUGUGCGGAGCACUUUGCACCCGGGCGAGGCCUUUGCGUGUCGGGAUCCGGUGCGCAGCCGUGUGUCCUCCAGGACCUACCGUGUUCUGAUCUUCUGGUAAUGUACAAGCCCUCUGGCUGGGCCACAUGUUCGACGCCGCAGUGGGAAGGGGUCCAUGGCAAUCUGAUUCGUUACGUUUGGAAGAAGCAUUCCAGUGGUCCAGUUGCGGCUCCAUGCCAUCGGCUAGACAGAGGUACCAGUGGGAUAGUGAUUGUAGCCAAGUCUCGCACUGCUCUUCGACACGUUUGUUUGCAGAUCUCUGGCCGGACCUUGGUCAAGCAGUACAUUGGUCUGUGCAGAGGUAUCGUGGAUCCGCCUCAGGGGGCCUUAUCCAUUCCGUUGGCGAUCAGCAGCGCAGACAAGCCAUUGGGAGCCUGUGCCACAGCCGGACGUGUGGCUGUGACGAGGUACCGUGUGCUGGGCUACUUCCGGCAACAGACGUCAGCAGGCUCGACUGAAUAUAGCCUGGUCCAAGUCCAGAUCGAUCAUGGACGUCAGCAUCAGAUCCGGCUUCACAUGGCCUCCGUGGGGCAUCCCAUUGUGUGCGACGUGAAAUACAGUUCCUCGCAUUUCAAGGAGGACUCUCAAGUCACUGGCGGCCGGCUGUUUCUCCAUGCUGCGUUCCUUCGAGGGACACUGCCCCCAGACGGUGUUGCUCCACUCCACAUUGCCUGCCGCCUUCCACGGCACCUCCGCGAGUGCCUGACCUCCAUGGAGCGCCUCAGGAGCAUGGAAGAGACGCUGUCCGGCGAGGACGCUUCGCCGGUUCUGCUUGGCACUGCUUCUUUUCCAGCACUUCACAUCACUUCACCGCCAUUCAUCGCCACUGCAGGCCACUGA